AUGGUGACAGUUAUCCCUCCAAAAACUGUUACACAUGAUCUCAUCCAGGAGCUACCGCAUCCGCGAUAUAUAUAUCCAUUAAACAUUAAGAUUCGUUUGGAUAUACCACUCAUCAUAGUUUAUGCUAAAUCAUGGGAUCGCGAUGAUAAAAGCAAGACUCCAGGAUUAUUGUUAGUGACAGAUUUAUCCAUGUGUCCCACGUAUACGUGUGUUCGCAAAGGAUUGUUACCACCCAAGGUUCUCGAGUAUAUUCUGAAGUAUAAGGUAUGGCCACAAGACCACAUAUUCAGUAUAGAGAUGUCGCCGAAACAACAUCAAGAUUUGAGUGACGAGUUUGAACGGAUAAGUCCCCAAGAUCCUAUUUUUGCCAGGAUGAAUUUCGAUAUAAGAGUCAAGAAUAAAACUGCUAUUGAUGGAUUGACAAAUCUGCUUAGGAUAUGUGAUCGAUUUAAUAUUAAUGAGGUAAUGCUGGGGGUGGAAAGAGAGUUUGUUAAUUUGUUGGAUAGAUACGAGAAACUCCGCGGUCGCCUAGAGCUUGAGCAGGUAGUUGAGUAUUUCAACUUGAGAGGGUUUAUAAAAAGAAAUGGUGGAUUAAAGGAGGAAAUUGAGAAUAUUUCUCAAUUUCCUGAAUUCAAUGAAGAGCGAGAUAUGGGAGAAACUCAAUUUAUUGAUCUCACUGAUGAAGAGGAGGAGGAGGGGGAGGAAGAAAAGGAAGAAAAGGAAGGGGAAGGGGGGGGAAGGAAGGAGGUGGUGGAACUAAAUAUCGAAUCUCAAAUUGGAGAACUUAAUAAUCUGUGCGAUUCAGACAGCGAUAUUGAUGUUUCUGCUUCUAAUUUAACUGAAUCUGAAAUAUUUACUGCUCCACCUCCCAAUCUGUUUGUUGAACAGAGAUCAGCCCCCGCUCCCAAAGAAGCAACUCCCCCCUCUGUACCCACUUCUCCAUUGAACAACACACUGGUAUACGAUGGUUUGUCCCCACGGCUCUUUGAGAAGAUCAAUACAGUCAAUAAACUAAAUCAGUGGAGUAAGAAGAAAACGCUGCACACAGGCCACCAGCUUGUAAAUUUCGGACCAGUGAAAUUGGUUGGUAUGCUACCUUUCAAACCAUUCACCAUAAGACCAUAUAGAAGAACUUUGCAAUUUGCACCGUUUAGAAUUAUAUUAGAAGAUGACAAUAAAGACACUAUAUUUGUCGAAAUAUCCAAUGAUGAAGAAGUUUGCCAUUUUUUCAAUUUAAUAGAAAUUGAAGAUGUUUUUGAACAAGAUAGAGUUGAAAAGAUGUAUAAUGAUAUAACUCGUUUGUUGGAUAAAAAUAGUAAAGUUCAGUUGAGAUUGAAAUUGCAAACAAGACAAUUGAUUGGUAGGUAUCAAAUGCACUAUUGGACUUUUCACUCAACUUUAGAGGAAAUUCUUUCAAGCUAA